AUGGCAAAGGAUUGGAUACAAAGUCUAGCUCAAGGUCGCCAAGGUCGUGAAAUUGAAACUCAAGCUCUUCAAAAUCUCUACUCUGUUCAUGUCCUGAAAGGCUUAAUUCAGUGCAAUUUCAUUUCAGAGUACCCAAAAUCUUAUCUAGAUGGAAAUUGGCAUGUAGGAGCAAUUGCAACUCUAAUUGACAUCGCUGGCGCUUCUGCAAUUGUCACUGUUGUCGGUAACAUCAACGUCUCCGUUGAUUUCAGCAUAUCCUACUUCUCACCGGCUAAGAUUGAUGAAGAAGUAGAGAUUGAGGCUAAAGUAUUGGGACGCCAAGGAAAUCUAUCUUCAAACAUGGUGGUGAUUAAAAACAAAGAAAAUGGUGAGUUGACUGCUGUAGGGAAACAAUGGAUGUCUGCAUUUGAUCUCAAACAUAAAAGUAAGCUAUAA